GUUCCCAUCGACUACUCAGUGGACCCAUUUUGUUCCCAAGCAGGCUACGGGCCCGAAUUUGGCCCUGUUUACAAUGAAGCAGUGCAGACCGUGGAGCAGCCAUCAAUAGCACCAGCUCCGAUUCCUUCGCUAAUUUAUACUAGACCAUCUCGGGCGUCCAAUGCGGGUGCAGCUCCAGGCCCAGGGCCAUCGACUUCACAUGUUCAGCAACCAGCAGCAGCCCCUCAUCAAUAUUUCCGCCCUAUAACGACGACGGAUUACCUUUCACAGCCAAUGCUUGAUGAAAGCAUGGACUUCUCACAGGUGCAGUCUUCCUCACAGAGUUAUGCAGAUCCCUGGAAUACUUCCGUCUAUGGGCAACCAGCAGAAUCUGCGAGCUACAUACCCAUGGAGCAGGAGCCUAUCCGUCAAGUCCAGGAAUUUCUUCCCUCGGAGCCAGUACCCAUCAAAACGAAAGUCAAGGGACCACCGAAGAAGACUACAAAACCCGUGCUAGAAAGCUCUUCUCCCCUUUCAACUGACAGUGGAACUACUACAGACCCCGAACUUUGGGAAUCCGUCUCGAUGCGAAGAAGCCCCAGAGCUGAAGGCGACCAAGUCCGGACAGAACCUCGGCCAAAAGGUCCGCCAUUCGAACAAAAGGGCCCCACAUUCAAUAAAGAAGUCCAGCCAGUUCCUCCACCACCGCCUUCUUCACCAGAACAAGUCGAAAGAGAGAAACCCUUGGAAGCCAUGACAUCAGAAGAAUUAGUUCGCCAAUUUGAACUCGAAACUGAUCGCUUAGAGGAGGAAGCCCUUCGUCAAGUAGAAGACUACGAUCGGCAAGAACAACUGAGUGAGCUCAGGAAGAAGAUGUGUGAACGAUUCAAGAAAUUUUACCCGAAUCUAUUCGGUAACGAGGAUGAAGAGGAAGUCACGGAUACGGCAGCAAAGACCUCCGAGGAGGAAGAGGAAGAUGAGACAGGCAUUCCUAUGGUGAGCUCCUACAUUGGAGAAUAUUUUCAUUACUGA